AUGUGCCGUUGCUCAGCAAAAACAUACAAUCUUGACAAAGAAUAUAAUGCAAAAUACGUCCGCCUUAUCCAAGAUGGAGCUUUACCUGGUUACCCACCAUGUUUUGCGAUCAAUAAGAUCGAACUGUUUGGUAGUAGUGUCCAAUUCGGUGAAGAUUUAAAUGAUGACUUAGUUUCUUUCCAUGAUGACGAUGAGGACGUCAGCAUCAUUGGCCACAUUUCUAAGAGUAACAAGAUUUAA